AUGGAACAGAAUCCUCACCAGAUCCAGCCUGGGCCCAUGGACGAUCCUGCCAACCCCAUGGUUCUUUUUCACGACGCUGGAGGUACAAUCUACCCGUACUUUCGCCUAGCAGAUUUGCAAAGACCCUUGUAUGGGAUGGGCGUUGUCUAUGCUCAUCUAGUGAAAUCGAUCAUCCCCUCUGGUAACAUCAUACUGGGAGGGUGGUCUCUUGGAGGUUCUCUGGCGAUGGAGGUCGCAUCACGGCUCAUGCAACUACCGCAAUACACGGUACAAGGAGUCAUCUUGAUUGACAGCGUUUUUCUCUCAAAAGCUGUCAAGGCUCGUGCCCCGACAAAUCUUGACGAAUUUAUCGCUGGCUUCAAGUUUCCUCCCCAGAUGCCCGAAAUUGUAUCCGUCCAAGCAAAGCAAUGUGUUUUACAUUCUUACGAGGCACAGAGGGGCUGGAAGCCGCCCCCUCUUUCAUCCCGACCUCAUGCUGUGCUCCUGCGUGCCACAGAGCGUAUAAAUCCUGAUACAAUGGAUGUGCACUUUCUAGACUGCGCUAGAGACUCGAAUUAUCUGGGGUGGGAAGAAUGUGACCCUAGCUUUAUCGUGGCUUGUCUAGACGUUCCCGGCAAUCAUUUUACCCUUUUUGAUAGCCCGAAUAAUGAGAUAAUAACCCGCCAAAUUCAACAUGCAAUUUCGAUACUGACAGAGCGACAACGGUAA